UCACGUGAUUUUCACGUUGAAAGUCAUGUGAUGUUUUCCUCAUAGUCAAGAUGGCGAUGGGAGGACUAGGACGUAUUUGUGUUGUCUUCAUUACAGUGAUCUGCAUCUGUAGGGGAGAUAACCCUCCACAAUGGCCUACCAGCUAUAUGCUGACAGCUGAACUGGAGCUUCCUUACGCAGAAAUCAAAGAGCCAUUCACUGCCUACUAUGAUGGUGUCAACAACAUGAGCCGAGUCGACUUUUAUGGUGGAAUGGUAAAAACUGUUCAGCGACAGGAUGUGAAGCCAUUUGGUGUAGGAUAUAAGGUCGCUCCUAUCACCACCUACAAGGUGACAAACCAAAUGACCUGUUUUGGAAUGAACGGCACCAGUGAUGGACCCAUUACUAUACAGAGUGUGCUACCAGACCUUACUGGAUUUCAGAAAGUCGGUAAAAGUGUGAAGCUGGGUAAGGAGGCUGACCAGUGGCAGCUUGUGAAUGUUGUCGGGGAGAAGAAGAACACCUACACAAUCUGGAUUAAUUCUGAUGGGAGUCCAAUGUUGUAUGAGAUGAUGGGUUACGAUACUUUACUGGGUUCUCACUAUGACAAAUACUACAUCAAAUAUACCAACUUUACAGCUAAUGCUAAGUUUGACGACAGCACAUUUGCCUAUCCUAAAGGACUGACGUGCGGCGACUUCCCCGGCCCAGGUGCCAGUGAACGGCAUGUGUUAAUGAAUCCCAUGAAGGAAUACAUUCACCACUAUGACCAGCAUGUCCAGGACUUAUUUGGACAAUUCAAAAUUAAACAUGGCCGUAAAUACCAUUCAAUUAAAGAACACGCUCAGAGACACCAUCACUUCAGAAACAAUCUAAGAUACAUCCAUUCUAAGAACAGGGCCGGUCUGUCGUUCUCUUUAGCUGUGAAUCACCUAGCAGAUAAAUCUGUCGAAGAACUGUCAAUGAUGAAUGGGUUUAGACGUACCCCAGGACAUCACGGUGGACUGCCUUUUGACAAGACCAAAUACAGUGUGAAAGACACUCCUGUUAGCUGGGACUGGAGACUGUAUGGAGCUGUGACACCGGUAAAGGACCAGGCUGUCUGUGGAUCCUGUUGGAGCUUCGGAACUGUUGGUACCAUCGAGGGGGCCUACUUUCUCAAGUCUGGGCACCUCGUGCGCCUGUCGCAACAAGAAUUGAUGGACUGUUCGUGGGGUGAAGGCAACAACGCCUGUGAUGGGGGUGAGGACUUCAGGUCCUACAACUGGAUCAUGAAGAACAAAGGCAUCACAAGUGAAGAAAUGUACGGACCUUAUCUUGCCCAGGAUGGUAAAUGUCAUGCAGCAGCCGUGACACCUGUUGUGACACUGAAGAACUAUGUCAAUGUCACCAAAGGAGACCUUCAAGCCCUCAAAUUUGCCAUUGCCCACCAGGGACCCGUAUCAGUAGCCAUUGAUGCCUCACACAAAUCUUUGUCCUUCUAUGCCAACGGUAUCUACUAUGAGCCGGCCUGUGGUAAUACUGACGAUGCCUUGGACCAUGCUGUCCUCGCUGUGGGCUACGGAACCAUUGCUGGCCAAGACUACUGGUUGGUAAAGAAUUCCUGGUCCACGUAUUGGGGUAACGACGGCUACGUUCUCAUGUCUCAGAAGAACAACAAUUGUGGUGUGGCUACUGCAGCCACGUACGUUAUUCUAUAGAACCCACAUACUGAGGAUUACCACAUGUUCUACUCUAUUAACAUCGCUUCAAAGUUCAGCUAUGCCAUCAAUCACAAUGUAAUUGUGCUUUAGGCUGUUAAAACUUCAUUUUUAUUGGAACAUCAUCGUAACAUUAUAACAUAAUGGUUGUACGACUGUGAUAUUGGUGCCUGGUAGAGUGAACUUGAAAUGUGACAUCUACAUCAUGACAAAAUGAUUUAAUACUCACUUGUUUCUUCGUUAACAAAUAUAAGAGUAUAUCCUGUUAUCUGUAUUAAUUUAUAUAAAACAUGAUUAUAUCCUCAAUAAUUGUAAAUGAAACCUAGUCCUUCUCAGUGUUUACCAUUAACAAUACUGUGCCGUAAAUUUCAGAAUUGUUUUAUUUAAAGACAAACAGAUCUUCUUUUUUUCCAUUAUCUGUCCUACUGGCUGGUUGUUUGGUACACCUGUCAUUUCCAUAACUGUAUGAUGUUGAGGCUAUUAUGAAUUAGAUGUGAUCUAAUUAAAAGCAGAUCUCUCAUUCCAAUCAGGUUUGAUCUCCAUGUUACACGUGACAGAAGUAAAAUGAGUGAUAUGAUUUUAUCAGGACUGAAUUUAAGUAAAAAUCAUGCCCCGUUACAUUGGUUUGUAUACAUUCCAUUAUCCAGUAUAGUGAUACCUCCACGUGUGAAAAUUAAAUCAAAGUGUGAAAUAUAUGCAAAUUGAAUUUCGGAUGUGUGAUGUAAAUAAAAUUUUUGUAGAAAAAAAAACAUG